AUUCAACAUGAUUGAGAAACAUUUGCUGAUAAUGGCGUGUGUUUGGACGUUGUUUCAAAUGUCCUACGUCCUGUGCAAGGAAAUAUCUCCGGCUAAAAGAAAUGAAUUGGACACGCUGAUCAAGCGUUACAGUGAACUCUAUGGCCAUUACAAGACUAAUGAAUGCGUUGCAUUAUUGACAGUCAGAUCACCAGAAAUCAAUUGGACUGUGGAGGAUUUUAACGAAAUUAUUCGCAAUACUAAGUUCCAGGUAUUUGCGGACACGACUGUGGAUUACCUGAACAAACUGAAAGGUGACUCUAAUUGGAAGAAUCUGAACGGAUUUUCUGCGAUAUACGAUUCCACUAUAGAAACAGCUGAAUAUGUUUAUUUGUUUCACUCCCGUACUGUAUUUGAAGAUAUUGAUGACAAAAUGAGGAACAUGAAAGUUAAAACUGACCUACCUGCAGUCUUCGCCAACCUCGUCAACUCUCUUCGCGAUGCAUGGACGGCUAGAAAGGAUUUGCUUGUCUCUCCAGCUGUGUACUACUAUAAAACUGUGCAUAUGCCGGAGAAUCACGACAUCAAUUAUACAGAUGAACACAUUACCGUAGAAGACUGGGGAAAAAUUAUUGAAAAGGAAUUUAUCAAAUCAAGAGAGAAAGUUGAGCAGGAAUGUUUGCGAAUGUCAGGAAUGCAACCCAAUGUAACUGCUGUCAAAAUGUUAUUGAAGAAAUCAGAUUGGAAAAAUGUACCGAAGUCUGAAUUCGGGCACGCUCUUGUUCAACUGAUUUCUGAAGUAGAAAAGGUUGAGAAGCACAGAAUCGACAGGUUUCACAGUAAGUUCAUUCAAAUUUCACUCAUAUAAUAAUGAAUGCAUAUAUGUUUAGCACCGUCACCCUUGAAUAUUGUGACUACAGCUCUCGAUGCAAUGGUACAAGAGGCUUCUCAUGACUUUGUUUCUUGUUGGUGAUUCUUUCCGGCCAUCUGAUCUUCAGUAUAGAACGAAGACAGUUGUUGUUAAUAAAGGUCUGCAACAGGCUGUUGGAAAUAUUAUUUGUGACCCGCUAAGUUUCUGAUCCGUACUACAG